GCCUCAAAGCUCACUGCAACGUACCUGAUCCUGGCCUCGGCCUCCGCGUCGCUGCCCGUCUUCGCGGCCCCUUCUUCGUGCCGCCGAUCCCAGGUGUGCAGCCGUCUGUACCAGGGUCACACGCUCUCGGGACGAGCGCAGGUGCAGGCCCUGGACCGGCGGAGGCUGUGCCGGAGGGCAUUCGGUGGCGCCUUCGACGGGCUGGGGCAGCUGCUGACCCUGGGCCUCGCACUUUCCCCAGCCAUCAUCUACGAGGUCGCAGCAGGAUGGAUGCCCGCAGAUGAAGCACUCGACGGCAAGGCCGGCGAGGCCGGCCAGGCCGGCGAGGUCGUUCGCUUGACUGGGACACCGCUGGAAGUCCCGACGCCUGACGCCCAGGCCGUCGAGAAGUGGGAGGAUGGCGAGGACGACAUUUCAAGGCUGGUCUCAACCUUGGAGCAGCUGGCGCAGCGGCUGGGAAGCUCCGACACAUUUCUCAG